AUGGCCCGUUUAUUUUCCUCCUCCGCUCUCCUGCUUAUUUCUGCGCUUCUCCCUCUUCUAGACGUCGGAGGACAUGAGGCAUGGCCCGGGAGCUUUACUUGCCCCCCAACGCAAACCCUCUCUCCCAGGGCGGGCUUUUGUGAAAUAACGACCCCUGCCAUUACGGACCUUUUGCACGGCACUGGCUUUGUGCAGAUGAAGUUCGAGCCGGGCGACUUCUCCUUCCUUUUCAUCAAACGCCACGAUAACCCCACAGACCCUGCCUUGGCGACGUACCUGCCUAUCUUCCGCUGCCAAUCGGACAGGACGACCGUAAAAACAAAUCAUGGCACCGGCGCUGUCACGUACACCUCUCCGGACUUAUCCUGCGCUUUGACCUGUGUGGUGGGGGAAGACCGUUCUUGCACGAGCAUCUUGGAGCGGGUGGUCAAAACCGUUGGGUCCUUGGGUGGAAGCACCAUCAUAUGCGACCCCUUCACCAAAGCCUGCGCCGUGAAAGAGAUCACGCUCGAUACAUUCAUCGCCGGAGGGGUGAAAACGGCCAAUUGUCAAGUGAGCGAAUGCCUGGCGCCUGUUCCUUUGGUGUCGCCCAAGACCACACCUUUGCAGCCUCCCUCUGUGCCUGCGGCUCCCACAGCACCCGCCGCCCCAAUUACCCGAACCCCUCCCUCUUCCACGGCCUCUGUCGACCCCACCGUACCUGCAGCCUUGCCUGUACCCUCCAAUCCUGCUCCUGGCAUCCCUCUCCCCGCGAAUUCUGCGACUGGCACCCGUUCUGGCCCCCCCCGGGCGCUGCGAAGCUAAAUGCAAUCGCUUAAGCGGAAAAGGAUUGCUUGUCGCCGUGAGAGAGUUUGACAGUCGUUGGCCCGGUAAGGAAUCUAAAUCAUUGCAGAGGUCGUUUUUCACAGGGUGGUAAUGUUGCGGCAGCGCAAGCAUAUGGCAGACGUUUAUAUGUUUUCCUGCUCUUAGCCUUUCAAACCAAGGUGUUGUAGGCACUGUGGUGUUCGUGUGGUUCAGGAUUUCACACAACACUAGACAAGGACGUAGGAAGGAAUCUUGUGGAUGGAGGGAAGGAAAAGGACAGGCGGAAGGGGCCAUAUCGGAUUGCUUUUGCCGUAUGUGAAGGACAGGGGAUGCGACCUAGCCCUACGAUAGUCUCUUUACCUCUGGAUGACAUGCUGCUGAAGGAAGAAAAUGAAGGAAGGAAAAGGCGACCAGAGGUUGGGGCGGAGGGACGGCGGGAAAAAAGAUGGAGUGGGGCAAUGGAAGCACACUGCACAGACAGAGGGGUCUUGACGCAGGAAAGGCGGGGAGGGCAAGAGAGAAGCGUGUACAUAGGGCAAGCGGGCGUGCCCGAGGCUCGACAGUACGUUUGCAUACAGACACAUAGCAGGUAUAUGUAUAUUUGUUGCCAGGUUAAUGGAGGUUGAAAAGCGCAAUGGGAGCGGUCGCAUUUGGAAAAAAAGCACGCAAAAAUUAUGGAUGUUGUAAAUA